AUUUGACACGUUUCAUGCAUAUGCCAGCAGGUGCGUGCUUUGUUGUUUAUGGUACUUGAGCAAGAGAAGGACACCAUUUUGAAAUGUCGCCCAAUGCGUUAACAGGUUUAUGUGCGAUUGUGCUCCACAUUUGCUGUGCUAAGGCAGAGUCUAACCUUGCCGAAGGAAAGCCAUCAGACGCAUCAUAUUUAGAGAGUAGACCACCUAGUGUAUUGAACGAUGGAAAGCCAACUGCGACAACAUGGGGCAGUGGUAGUUGUUUAGCCCUAUCAGACAGCGACCCCUGGUGGCAAGUUGAUUUGCAAGGCAAGGUCAUAGUGACGAAGAUCAAGGUCACAAGUAGAAGUGAUUGCUGUCCUUGGAGACUUCGCGACUUUUCGAUUGAUGUGUACGAGAUGAACCCUUCUCUACACCCGAACACGGUUGGCGACCAUUGCCACUACUACGCAGGGAUUAUCGCUGUCGGUGGGGCCACCAUCACUGUCCCCUGCGACAAUGCAGUCACUGGACGCUUUCUACGUGUCUCUGGAAAGAUAUCGAAAAGUCAUAACAAUCCCUUCCAGCUUUGCGAAGUACAAGUGUUCGGAGUGGCAAUUUCUAGACUAACGACAUGUGCAUCAUUUGUCCAAUAUAAAGGCAAACGUUUCAACAAAACACCAAGCAAAACCAUCAGGGUGGACAACAACAACAGAGCGACCUGUGCUUCUGAGUGUGAACAUCAAUUCACAUGCGCAGGAUUCAACAUCCGGUACGAGCCGGAAGUCACGUGUGAGCUUAUUGAUGCUGCGGCCAUAUCAGCCCAGGUAUCUGAUGCUGCCUGGGAUUGUUAUUUGUACGAACCAUGUCCAAUAACGUGUGUGUGACUUCACUGUAAUAACCAACACAAAUAUGAGAUUUAUUAGUGUAAAAAAACACGAUUAUCAAAAUUCACUAGAAAAGCCUGAUCGUUCCACUAUAUCACCAAUCAGGAAGAUC